AUGAAUGAAAACAUAGAAUUACACACCUUUACGGCGGAUGACUCCCUAGAAAAUGACAUCCAAGAAUAUCAUGAGAUAAAACAAGAUACGACACUUGAUGACAUCGAAACAUCUUUUUCAUCAAAACCAUCUCCACAAAGACUUAACGAUUAUGAUUUUUUUACCCAGCACGAUGUGAAAACAGAAAAGAAAAAGCAUUUAAAAAAGAAAAAAUCGACAAAGAAAAGCAAGUCGUCUAAUUUAAUGGACAUUAUAAGUUCUGAAAUAGCAGCUUCCGUGGUGCCUGUAACUGAAAAUGUUGUUACCAUAGUGGAUGUGAGUAAAGAACGACAAAAUAGUUUCUUGCGAAGUUGUUCUGAUACAUCGACAUUUCGGAAAUCUAGAACUUUUAUCUCUGAUGCUGAGAGCGGGCUUGAUCCACUCUCAUCCCUCCACGUGAACAUCUACGACGAGUAUAAAGCGAACAUAGUGGAAGGGUUUCCAGAUGAGGAGCACUCCAACAAGACAGUGCACUACCGGUACUAUAACAAGUGGCUUGGCACUCUCGAGAUACCGAUGUAUGCCGUCUUGACUUUGGGCACUCUUCGGGGCACAUUCAAGAUCACGAGCCCGCCACUCGUGUUUGGUUAUGAAACCCUCCAAACGAAGGAGUCAACAUCGCUAAUCCCAGAAAUAACACAGCUCAUGAAGAAAGACACCGCAUACAUUACGUUAGAAAUAACAAGUAGCCUCUCACAUUUAGGAGGAUUACACGCUUACAACCAGCCUCUGCCAAGCUCAAUAGAAGACGAUUAUUUGAUCAAACAUUUGAACAAUUUCGUAACAGAAUACACAAAUGAAUUUCCCAUGCGGAAUAUUUCUUUGACUUUUAUAGAUAGCAUGGGUAGGAAUAAAUGCGUCACACAGUUCCUGCAGCCGAUACCUUUGCCCGAAAGGGACUUUAUCCCUAAAAACCCCAGAGGAGACUCAGCUAUUUCGAAGUCUUCUGGAUAUUCCAAAAGUUCGUCUUCGAGUGGGAGACGGAAAGAGCUGGAUGUAGAUGGAGCAAGUCAAGAGGAGAGAGAGUCAGUGUACAGCGCUCGCGAAGGUGACAGUCUCGAGAGAAUGAUGAACGCGUGCAUGCGAUACGUGUCACUGAUACCCAGCUACGAGGUGACGGAGUCUCAUGCUGUCACGCUUUUGGGCCUUGAACUGCUAAAAGUACUUCACGGCUCGCCAUUGGACCACACCAUCCUUUUAGCCAGCUACUUCAUAUAUCUGGGAAUCAAGUGCUGGGUGGCCAUUGGCCUGGGCCUACCCCGAGGACACAGUAGUUUUGUCCUCAUCAAGUACGACUUGACUACAAGAAGGAUAGUGUUGGUAAACGAUCAGUUGUUCAGGAACAGAGGGUUCUUGAAUAAGUCUGAUGGGUAUACCUGGUACGUGUGUGACGCCAGCAGCGGGGAGCGGUAUGAACUCAGGGACGUAGGGUGUCCUCUGAAGACGGUUGAUUAUGUGUUUGACAAUGAAAACAUAUGGGUGAAUGUGCAAGCGUCUCAGGAUUGUGAAAACAUGUCGUUUGAUUUCACGAAAUCUUCUGAUUGGCAAUCUGUUUUCGACAAGACUGUAUUCGUAAUGAAGCAGCCAGUGGUGACAGACAACGCGCUGUAUUCCUCUCCGCCCAAUGUGGAGGGGCUGAGGAGUGCACUGGAGACGAAGAUCAAGAGUAAGGUGCAAAAGUGGAGAUCUCAUAUGAAGACUAUAUGGAACAGAUACUGCAGCACGUUGCUACGUGACAUGCUGCUGCAGUGGGAGUACUGGGUCUUCAAUCCCACGGGACCCAAGCCAAGCUUCAGUCAGAAACUCAAACAUUUGAUGGUAACAUUUAAGAUAUAUGGUUUUCCUCUUAACUUGGCGUAUGUGAAUACGAAGUCAGUAAUAUCCGCCAUCAAGAGUACAGGGUUGCACCUGAGUGACGACCCUAACGUGGAGUUCGCGCUCGGCGUGGAGGUGUGCGCCUACCCUAACAAUGUGAUCAGUAUCUGGGUGUUCCUAGCUAGCAUCACUAGAAUGUAA